AUGUUUCAGCGUUCCGAAUCAUUAUUCGAUAUGAAAUAUGCCAACUACGUGGGAGACGGGGAUUCUAAAACAUUCAAGGGCAUUAUGGAUUCACAACCCUAUGAAGAUUUUAUCGUUAAAAAGAAGGAGUGCAUUGAUCAUGUCCAAAAGCGGAUGGGCUCUCGCCUUCGAAAACUAAAACAGUCAACAAAAGGACUUGGGGGAAAAGGCAAGUUGACUGAAAGCACGAAGAUCUACGAAGAAUUGAGUCGCGAUGACCUGCUCCUUCGUUGCUUAGGCGGUUUCACGCAAAACAGUAACGACAGCCUGAAUGCAACAGUGUGGUCAAUGGCUCCAAAAACUGUUUCCAGUGGCAAGCACGUCCUUGAUACUGCUGUAUACAUUGCUACGGGCAUAUUUAAUGAUGGAUUAUCAAGUGUGAUGAAGGUGAUGCAGGGAUUGAGCAUGAAAAUUGGACCCAAUUGCUAUAAUUUUUGCAUGGAAGCAGAUGAGCGCCGGAUCAAACUUUCGGAGAGAUCCCUUUCAGAGGAGGCUAAAAAAGCGAGAAUGUCGUUAAAAUCGUCCAGGAAGGAAGAGCAGGAAGCGAGCAUCAAUUUAGAAGGCCAAAUGUAUGGAGCAGGCAUUGUAGAUGGUAAAG